CCCCCUUCGUCUUUUCACUUUAACAUAUUACACUCUGUACUCCAAAUACAGCAACCGUCACUUUUCGAAUUCGCCCAAUUCACUUUUAUCUUCAGUCUCCUGAAACGCCAUUGAAAUGGUUUGAAGCUCUCUUCAUAUCUCCAGGUAAGAGAUCUACGAUUAGCGCCUUCUUUGGAAAUGCCGAGGCAGAACCAAACGGUGGAGAAUCUCCUCCUCCUCGGGAAAAUCAGGAAGCGCGGAUGCUCCUCUCCGACGUCGUCGACUUCCUCCGUUCUCAGGGAAGGCUACCGUUUCAAGAGAGCGAUUGUCGUCGGGAAAAGAGGAGGAUCCACCACUCCUGUCCCCACGUGGAGGCUCAUGGGCCGAUCUCCUUCUCCGGCUGCUUCUCCGUCGCAGUGCGGGAGCAAGACCGGGAGAGGAGCGCCUGCGGCUCCUGUUUCGGCGAGGAAGCUGGCUGCGACUCUGUGGGAGAUGAACGAGAUGCCUUCUUCGCCGAGAGGUGUGGAAGAGGCAACGAGUAGAAAGGUUAGAAAGGAGAGAAUCGCGCCGCUUCCUCCUCCUCCUCCGCCGAGGUCGGUCCGUUCUGGUUCUCUGCCGCCUCACCUCUCUGAUCCUUCGCAUAGUCCUGUCUCUGAGAGGAUGGAAAGAUCAGGGACUGGAAGCCGACAGAGAAGAGCAUCCUCCACUGUGCAGAAGCUUAGGCUUGGAGAUCAUAAUGUGGUGGCUAGGGAUCGUAUUAGCAACGCUAGCUUCAUGGAUAUUGAGACAAGAUCACGAGCAGAGACACCGACUGGGUCAACAACCGUGGGAGUGAAAACACGGUUGAAGGAUUGUAGUAACGCUCUCACAACAUCGAAAGAGCUUCUCAAAAUCAUCAACAGAAUGUGGGGUCAAGAAGACCGCCCAUCUUCCAGCAUGUCCCUCGUCUCCGCUCUCCACUCCGAGCUCGAAAGAGCUCGCCUACAGGUCAACGAGGUCAUCCGCGAACACAAACCGGAAAACAGCGACGUCACCUACCUGAUGAAGCGUUUCGCCGAAGAGAAAGCGGCGUGGAAAAGCCACGAGCAAGAAGUCGUCGAGGCCGCGAUAGAAUCCGUCGCCGGCGAGCUCGAGGUGGAGAGGAAGCUGAGGAGAAGGUUCGAGGGGUUGAACAAGAAGCUAGGCAAAGAACUAUCCGACACAAAAGCAGCUCUGAUGAAAGCAGUGAAGGAGAUAGAGAACGAGAAGCGAGCGAGAGUGAUGGUGGAGAAAGUCUGCGACGAGCUAGCGAGAGACAUCAGCGAAGACAAAGCCGAGGUCGAAGAGCUGAAGAGAGAGUCUUUCAAAGUGAAAGAAGAAGUCGAGAAGGAGAGAGAGAUGCUGCAGUUAGCUGACGCGUUGCGGGAGGAGAGAGUGCAGAUGAAACUCUCGGAGGCUAAGCACCAGCUCGAGGAGAAAAACGCGGCUGUUGAUAAGCUGAGGAACCAGCUUCAAACCUACCUCAAAGCAAAGAGAUGCAAAGAGAAGAGCAUUGAACCGCCUCAGACUGAAGAGUACCUAAACCACCACAUCGGUUUCGGUUCUUAUAACAUCGAAGAUGGAGAAGUUGAGGACGAAAACGAAGAAGAUUCAGGCGGAGAAAGCGAUCUUCACUCCAUAGAACUGAACAUGGAGAACAAGAGCUAUAAAUGGCCUUAUGGAGAAGAGAACAACAGAGUAGGGAGAAAGUCAACGCCGAGUAAAAGCCUUUCUUUACAGAGAAGCAUAUCGGAUUGUGUUGAUUGGGUUGUACAGAGCGAGAAGCUUCAGAAAAGUGGAGACGGAGGAUUGGACUGGGGAAGAUCUGUUGAGGUUGAGCCUAAAGGUUACUUGGAUGAAACGCAAGCGUAUAAACCAAGCAAGGCUUCUUCAAAAGAUCAUCUCCUCUCGGGUCCAAGACUAAGUAACUUCCGCGGUGGAUCAGUUUCGAAGUCGCGGUUGUCUGAUGCAGCCAAAGGUGAAAACCAGAAUGCUAGAAAAUCAAGAUGGUAAUGAGUUAAAAAAAGCUAGCAAAUUUGGGAGCAGAGAUCAAUAGAAUCUAAAAGACUUUUUACAUGUACUAAUGAUCUACAUUUUCUCUGUUCCGCCUCGUUUUGUCAAGUGUGGUUAUUCUUCGUAUGUAAGUUGAGAACAACAACAAAAAAAAAAAGCUUGAAUUUUUGGA